AUGUCUGACGCCGGCGAGAUCGAGGUCGAGAACUCCGCCCUCUAUGAGGUGCUCCCCAAGGAUGUUGUCAAGGAGGUUGGCAAUGUCAAGCUCUUCAACAAGUGGGACUACGAUGUCGAGGUCCGCGACAUCUCCCUGACUGACUACAUUUCCCUGCGAAACCCCGUCUACGUCACCCACACUGCUGGCCGUUAUGCUACAAAGCGAUUCCGCAAGGCCAACUGCCCCAUCAUUGAGCGAUUGACCAACUCUCUGAUGCACCACGGCCGCAACAACGGAAAGAAGCUUAUGGCUGUCCGAAUUGUCGCCCACGCCUUCGAGAUCAUCCACCUCAUGACCGAUCAGAACCCCAUCCAGGUCGCUGUCGACGCCAUCGUCAACUGCGGUCCUCGCGAAGACUCUACCCGAAUUGGUUCCGCCGGUACCGUCCGACGACAAGCCGUUGAUGUCUCUCCCCUCCGCCGAGUUAACCAGGCUAUCUCUCUCCUCACCACUGGUGCUCGCGAGGCCUCUUUCCGCAACGUCAAGUCCAUUGCUGAGUGCCUUGCUGAGGAGCUGAUCAACGCUGCCAAGGGUUCCAGCAACUCUUAUGCUAUCAAGAAGAAGGACGAGUUGGAGCGUGUGGCCAAGAGCAACCGAUAA